AUGUUGCCAACGACUAUCCGCACGCCGCCAAAGGCCGAAGACUACACGCCUCUGGCCGAGUACCAGUCAACAACGCCCGAAAGCUUCGUCACUGGAAAGCCUGUUCUUCACUAUCAUCUCGAAGGCGCAAAGGCAUGGAUUCCCAAGGCGCAAUGCGGUAGUCUAGCUCUAUUUCCUGCCGACUCAAGCGAGAAGCCUAGUGCUCCUGAAGGCGACAGCAUAAAUGGUGAUGUCGAGGAGCUUGUGGAGCAGGCAGUGGAUGUCUUUGUGAACUCAGAAGCGUUGACUAUCUUUAGUCCCAAGGUUGAGGCAGGUGUCUCGAUUCCUUAUCCCUCGAUAUCCAUCCACGCGAUCAAACAGCUAGGUCCCGAAACAGAUGCGCCUCGCACCCAAGCCGUGUGGAUGCAGCUUGAAUUCUCAGACGGCGGUGUCGAAGACGAUGAUUUUAGCACAAUAGACCUUACUAUCAUCCCACCCAAAUCAGAUUCUGAGUCCAGUGUUGCUAAGCAACUGUACGACGCCAUGGCCAAUUGUUCGGACCUUCACCCUGACCCCAACGAUGGCGAAGAAGACGAGGAUGAGUAUGAUCGUAUUGUCUUCGAGGGCAGCGAGGAGCACCAGGCCAUUGAGGGUUUCACGGGCGUUCUGCGUGGUGCUAGCAAUGGCGGCCUACCGCCUCCUAUGCCUGGUAGCGGCGGCUGGAUUACAGCGGAUAACGUGAACGAGUAUUUUGACGAAGAUGGCAAUUGGAUUGGACCUGGCGCUGAGGGCCAAGAGGAAGAACUGGGAGAAGGCGCAGGAAGAGUGCGAGAUCGCGAUGAAGCUGAGGGCGCUGAUGCAGCCGAAACCUCAGUCGCUGCUGAUCCUGAGAACAAGCGACCACGAGUGGAGUAA